ACGAGAAGUUGAAGAGAAGCAGUUUGAUAAAGAGAUUCGUUUGAGAAGAGAGAAAUUCUUAUGGCGUCCAUUAGCAGUGAGAAUGAUCCUAGGUCUACUCGUAGUAGUGCAAAACGCAGGAAAAAACAGAGUAGCAAAACAGAUCCGCUAGAAUCUUCGAAAGUAUCGGGAAUUGAGGACGGCGUGGACCAUCUUCUUCCAGAGAGAGUUCUUGGUUCAGCCUCCUAUAACACAAAUUCAAAGCUGAACAUAUAUUCCACCCCUGAGUUCUUAGGAGAUAUUGCUAAGAUCCUUGCCGGUUCAUCUGAUUUCGAGCGUCUGUUGAAAUCGCAAUUUGGGAAACUGUUCAAAUAUCCAGUAUGCCAAACCGCUUACUCCGCUAGACUGAUCCAUAGUUUGUUAUGUAGACAGCUAGUGACUAAGAAGAGGCACGAGUUAUGGUUCGUUUUUGGAGGAAAGCCUCUGAGGUUCUCUUUGCGAGAAUUUCACAUUACAACAGGGUUGGAAUGUAAACCAAUUCCAAGUAAAGAGGACAUCAAAUCUCACCAGAAGGAAGAGGAAAUCCCUGUUUGGAAAAGAUUAUUUGGUUCAAGAGUAAAUGUUACUGCUUUCGAUGUUUCGGAUAUGCUAAAAGAUGACCUCAAAUUGCCAGAUGAUAAGAAGAUGUCAUGCUGGAAACGGUUUAGCCUAGUUUUGAUACUUUUGGUGGAUGGUGUCAUAGUUUGCAGUAACAAGGACCUCAACAUAACACCGGAAUAUGUUAAGAUGCUUGAUGAUCAUCCGUUCUUCUUAUCAUAUCCGUGGGGGAGAGAAGCUUUCAGUAAUACAAUGGAGAGGUUUGGACCUCCUGCCCAGAGCAAGACUGAUCCCAUCACAGAACUUAAAGCCCGUCUUUGCCAAAUGUCCAGCUGUUGUUAUGGAUUUCCAUUGGCACUCCAAAUGCUGGCGUUUGAGGCAAUUCCAUUGCUGCUCUCUAAAAUACCGAAUCCAAAUGACAAGCGUGAUUAUACGCAGAUGACAUACGCCGAUCUGAGUACGAUACUGAUUCUAAAUCAGAAGGACAUCUUAAAGGUAGAAGCCGACAAACAGGUUGCUUACACGCUUGUGGGUGACGAGAGCGUGGAAAACAUGGAUUUUGGGUGGGAUGAAGAUGCUGUAGAUGUGAAGGUGGAUUAUAUGGAGAAGCUGCUAAUAGAAGGGCAUGAGUUUACUCAGUCAGAAUGGCCAUGUGUAGACACAUCUAGUCCUUGUGUUACUGUCAAAAGUGGUACAAACACGGAUACUAGUGGACUGGUGCCUCCUCCCCCAGGUGGUGUUAAAAAAGCGCCUACUAGGCGAGGUGGAGUCAAGAAAGAGCCAGCUAAGCGAGGUGGAAAUGCAGAGAAGAAAAAAAAAGAUGAUGUUGAAAAAAAAGAUGAUGGAGACACUAUAGAGAUGUUGAAGCAUUUCAUAAUAGAGCAACACAAAGAGACAGUAAGCACGCUGAAGAAAGAGAUGGAGAAGUUAUUUGAAGGGCUGACUAAAUGUGACUGUGGUGGACUGCGAUUUCCAAAAAACACCACAACGGAGCAAAAUCAGGAAGAUGGCAAAGACAACACCACAACGGAGCAAAAUCAGGAAGAUGGCAAAGCCAACACCACAACGGAGCAGAAUCAGGAAGGCGGCAAGACUGAUGUUGAGGUCAUCAAUUUAGAGACUGGUAACACGGCGAGGGGCAAGAAAAAGAGGAAAAGGAGUGAAAGGGAGUCAUGGAAGUGUCCUGAAGAAGGUGUUGAUAGGGAGGAAGGAGAAAGCUUUGCUAACAGUUACGAGAGAAACAGAUGGAAUGAGGCUUACACAGGUGUGCAAAACAUCAUAGAGAGUGUUGACAAAGUAGAUAUCUCAGCUCCCCAAGACACAACAAAAGAGGAUAGUCCCCAGGGAAUGGAAUUUGAAAACGACUAUGUAUCUGGUGAUGAUUCACCGUUUGCUGAACACAAUGCAUUUGCAGUUGUGCCCUCCGGUUUAGAGAAUGGACAUGAACAAACAUGUUGGGAACCAAUAAAUGCUGAUAGAAAAUCCUUCAGAGAGAGUGUUGACAGAGUAGAUAUGUCAGAUCCCCAAGAGACAGCAAAAGAGGAUAGUCUCCAGUUGCAGGGAAUGGAAUUUGAAAACGAAUGUGUAUCUGGUGAUGAUUCACGGAUUGCUGAACACAAUGCAUUUGUAAUUUUGCCCUCCACUUUAGAGAGUGUACAUGAAGAAACAUGUGGGGAACCGAAAAUUGCUGAAAGAAAAACCUUCGGAGAGGAAUGUUUGGCUUCGUCUCCUAAAACUCCUGAAGAGUUGGUAAAUAAUAAGAGAGUGCCACGUGCUUCGAGGUUCGUCAAGGGAGGGGAGUAUACUGGUGACCCCAAGUUAAAAGCUCUGUUCGCAAGAAAGCAAAAAGCACCAGAAUACCGCCCCAUGUCCUGUGUUGACUUGAAGGAAUUUUAUGAGCUCAAACAAUUGCUGGUGGACAAUGAGGAACUGACAUUUGAAAUUGUUACUAAACACAUAGUAACCUAUCGGUUUUUCCUGGACAUAGCUGAGGCUCAAAAACCUUUGGAGACAAAGCAUGUCCAGGUAAUAAUGUCUAUGCUGUGGCGUAGAAGGGGAGAGGUGUACACCAAAGUAAGAGCUGCUUUCAUUGAUACCUGGUUUCUGACCCUUCUUCAACAGAAGUACAAAAAUUUCAAAGCGUGCAAGAAUAAGAAGAAGUUCAAUUGGGGAGUGAACUUGAGGACGUUUGUUACAGGCAGAGCAAGAGCGCGGACGCCAACAACAUUUCUGCAACAUAUUGACCUGGUGUACAUUCCUAUGAAAUGGUCCACCUCGCACUGGGUAGGUCUCGUAAUUAACUUGAGGUUGUGUAAAGUACAAGUCUUUGACCCUCUCAUUGAAGCAAGGUCAGACGAGGAAGUAAACUCUGUGAUGGCGCCUGUUGUAGAGAUGAUUCCCUGGUUGGUUAAGGAGGCUGUAGGUAAGAAUUAUACAAAGAACUUCUCAACAGACCCACUAACAUGGGAGAGGGUUAAAGGACUAUACCAGAACCAGAGAGGAGGUGACAGUGGACCUGUUGCAACAAAAUUCCUUGAAAUGCACGCGUAUGGUCUUAGGACCAAUGAUAUGAGAAUGAUUACUGAUGAGGUGGUUGACGAGUUUAGGAAGGUGUACGCCAUGGAUGCAUAUGUCGAGUUCAUUGAGAGUGGUGAAGCCAAGAAACCUUGAAAGGAGUUUAUGGUUUAAAUUUAAAGACGUAUUUUGUUUGGCGGUUUUAAAACUUAAAUCUAGACAUGUAAUGUUGUUUUUAUGGUUGUUGACAUUUAAUGUUUUUUAAUGCCCUUUAAAGUUAUUUGCUUCUUUGAAUUAUUUAUUGUCUCACUGUUAAUGUUUCUUCCAGCAUUAUCAAUUGUUAUUGUCUUGUACACUGGUAGGUGAACAUUACAUGGAGGUAUGUACUCCUGUUUAAUCCUUUAU